UCCAGCCCAGAAUUCCUCACCCUGGAAGGCAGCUCCAAGGCACCCAGAGACCUGGGCGUCGGGUACGAACCUGGCAGCCCAGGAACGGGUGCUGCACUCACCCCACACAAGAAGAUGAAGAAACGCAAAGAGCUUAAUGCAUUGAUUGGCUUGGCUGGGGACAGCAGGAGAAAGAAGGCCAAGAAAGGCUCAGGCCACCGUCUGCUUCGCACUGAGCCACCUGACUCAGACUCAGAGUCCAGCUCCGAGGAAGAAUUCGAUUUAAUUGGGAAUCGCUCUCGCUUCGCCAAGGGAGACUAUUUACGAUGCUGCAAGAUCUGUUAUCCCCUCUGUGCUUUUGUCAUCCUUGCUGCCUGUGUUGUGGCCUGUGUUGGCUUGGUGUGGAUGCAAAUUGCUCUCAAGGAAGAUCUAGAUGCCCUCAAGGAAAAAUUUAGAACAAUGGAAUCUAAUCAGAAAAGUUCAUUCCAAGAAAUUCCUAAAAUUAAUGAAGAACUACUCGACAAACAAAAACAGCUUGAGAAGAUUGAAUCUGGAGAGCUGGGCUUGAGCAAAGUCUGGAUAAACAUCACAGAAAUUAAUAAGCAGAUUACUCUAUUGACAUCUGCGAUAAACCACCUCAAAGCCAAUGUGAAGUCAGCUUCUGACUUAAUUAGCCUGCCUGCCACUGUAGAGGGACUUCAGAAGAGUGUAGCUUCCAUUGGCAACACUUUAAACAGUGUUCAUCUUACUGUGGAAGCAUUACAGAAAACUGUAGAUGAACACAAGAAAACUAUAGAAAGACUGCAGAGUGGUUUGAAUCAGCACCUCUUGAAGGAAACCAGUGAAAGCAACCACAUCACUCCAUCACCUUCAGUUACAUUGGAACUGGACAAUAAAAACUACAGUGACAGUUUGAAACAGGAUAUCCUGUAUUUUGACAACUUUUUAGAUGAGACCCAUUCUGCCAUAAAGGGAUACCAGAGGCAAAAUGACCUUAAACUAGAGGGGAUAAAUGAUAGUCAUCUUACCCAAAGAUUCAACCAGAUAGAAAGCAGUCUGGUUGAUUUGAGCAAGGUUGAGAAGGAAGCAAACCUGCCAUUGAGCAUGAUAGGUAAUAAAACUGCCACUCUGAAAAGAAAGUCUUUGAAUCAGGUAAUCAACAAAACAGACUCGAUGAUAACUUAAAAUAUAAAGAAAGAAGAUAGUUCAGAUUCUCAGGUGUCCAAGCUAAGAGAAAAACUGCAGCUGAUCAGUGCUCUCACAAACAAACAUGACAGCAACAGGCCUCCAGAGACUCCUGAUAAAGAGCAAAUACAGAGUUUUACCUCUGAGCCAUCAACAUUGCCAAAAUUUUCACAUUUUCUUGGAGACCAAACUGAGAAAACUACCCAGCUAAGAUCUAUCUCCCUACCAGGAAUUUCAAGCAUUAAAGAUCUUCAAGAUUUAUUCCAAAAGGCUGGCCAAGACAUCGAUGGGAAGCUGACCUACCAAGAAAUUUGGAACUCCCUAGGUUCUUCUGUGCCAGCACCAAAGAACUUGAGAGUGUUUGAUUCUGAUGAAGAUGGAAAAUACUCAUUCCUUGAGCUAAGAGUAGCUUUAGGUUUCUAG